UGACAAGAAUGUUUUCGUCGCACGUGAGAUUGCACUGAAUUUGAAGUUGGUGAUGUCAUUCCAGGCAUGGAUGAGACGCGUGAGAGGAGGCUGUCGGAAAAGACUUUGGGGGAGAUCCCUCAAAACUUGAAAUCAAUGACUGCGGCUUAAAUAAAACUUCACGCUGGUCCGAACACUUCUGACAGCUGGACACACAAAUGUUCAAUCUGUAUUGUGUGUUUGCGAGAUCUGUCAUCAUUCUAAAAGCCGACAAUGAACAUACAAAGUUGAAUUCCAAAAUGGUUGCAGAGGUUGUUGUUGCACUGUUGGCUGUUGUCAUGUCCCCCCAGUGCCUGUAGUUGUGCUGUAAGAAGCCUCGCAUCCGAUGACUAAACCAACACCCCCUUCUCUUUGUCUGAUGUUCCGUAGAGUUCCAGCCCUGGGAUGUAUGAAGGCAAACACAUCCACUACUCGGAGGUGGACCACAAGCCUCUGUGUUCAUACAGUCCAAAGCUUUGCAAGCAACGCAGGCUCAAUGGUUAUGCUUUCUGCAUCCGCCAUGUGCUCGAGGACCGGACCGCUCCCUUCAGGCAGUGCGAAUAUGUAGCCAAGUACAAUAACCAGCGCUGCACCAACCCAAUACCCAAGGCUCACGACCGCAAGUAUUGUAAUAGUCACCUUCAGGUUAUGGGUGUCCUCCCCAAGAAGGAGCGAAAGAAGAAACAAGAUACCAUUGAGUCUUUGGCCCUCAAAAUUACUGUUCCAUCCCUGGCUCUGAAAACUCACAACGGUCUCGAGCUUUUACCUCCAUCCCCACCACCCUCCUUGGCUUGUCUACUCCCCUCAGAUCCCUUCGCCUUUUGCAGGGGAGAAAAAAUGUUAAAAUCAAGUGGCACAUUCCUGAAGAAACCCCAAGAAAACCAAGCUCUGAACCAUAAGCAGAAACAGCAAGAUCACAGUGUUCCAGCGUUCCCAAACCAUCUCAGAACCUCCGCUCUUUCUUCAACCCUUCCACACUCUUGCCUCCCUCCUCCGCAGACUGGAAGAACCACACAAACACCCAUAGUUCCCUCCUCCCCUAACGCAGCAACCCUACAAACCCCUGCAGUUCGUUCAGGUCCAUUAUUCAAAACCUCAUCCACACUUCCGGACAGCCAUCAGGGCUCAAUAGACAUGGCUCCAACUGAUAACAAAAUUAAACUGGACCUCAAUCAUGCGUUUGAUAAAAAGGUUGCCCCUGCAGUUUCAGGGAUGGCACCAAGCCGUGAUGACAUACAUGGACAAUUAAUAAAAGUGCGCUCAGUUGCUAUGCGGUUGCAACAAGCUCCAUGUUUGCAGAAGUUCCAUAGAUUGAUGGACCAACACAAGGGGAGGUACCAAGACCUGAACCCACAUUUAGGGCUUGAUUGGUCAGAAGACAGUGAAGAGGAAGAUGGAGACUUGGGGAAGCUAGUGUCAUAUCAAUGCAAGAGACUACAAGAGAAGCACUUUGAGGAAAGUGCCAGCAGUUCCCGUGCUGAGCGUUUGACAGGCUUCUGCUCAUACCUGAGACAAAAACACACGCACCUUUGCAGGGAGCAGAGGGGCUUCAGGAGAGAGAGAAGAUCCCAGCAUGCCCUUCGUAAAGCCCUGCUGCAGGCAGCAAGAGAGGAACCUCAACACACCGCACAGCUUAUUCAGGAACAACAUAAUGAGACCUCCACACCCUCCAGCACGGCAGUACCAAUGGCUGGAGAUGACUCAGGUUUAUGCUUGGCUAUCGUGAAAGGUGAAGACUGCAGAAAUUCAGCCGUACCGUUCACCAGGCACUGCUUUCAACAUAUCCUUCAGAACCGUUCACAGCAGCUGUUCUCAAGCUGCACUGCUCGCUUUGCAGAUGGAGCUCAGUGUUCCAUCCCUGUCUUUGACAUCACGCACCAGACACCACUUUGUGAUGAGCAUGCCAAGAAAAUGGACAAUUUCCUGCGAGGUGAUAUCAGCCGGAGAACGUACCACCACCACCAGCAGAUUCAGCGGCACAGGCCAAUGAAGAAAGCCAAGCCUCCAGCACUCAGUAAGAAGCAUAAGAAGAAAGGCAAGCGAGGAGCACCAAAGCGCCCUCAGAAACCCAUUCCUCCUGCGCUACCCCAGGGUAACCUGGGAAUGCCUUCCAUUUUGUGCCUGCCCACUCAGCCUUCUGGCAUAAGGAGCCCUUUAACUCCUGAUUUAAGUGCAGAUGAAUUUCCAGAUGACAUCACCAAUGACAUCAGUGACAUUCCACAUGACCUAGAGUUGAAUCAGGAGGAUUUCUCCGAUGUUCUGCCUCGACUCCCGGAUGACCUGCAGGACUUUGAUCUUUUUGAAGGUAAGAAUAGUGAGCUGUUGCCCACCUCUGAGGAAGCCGAGGAAUUGGUUCGCGUUCUGCAGGCCAUGAGCUCGUACCCAGAAUCCCUUGCAUGUCUAAGCGGAAUGGCUGAGCUUGGUCCCGUAGAAGGGGUAGAUUGUCGUAGCUUGCCGGGGGGAGUCGUGGAUCUACUGAGUGCGCGGCUAUCUGCUGAAACCCUUUCUAGCCUGGAGCUGGACCCCAGUCUGCUCCCCACCUCUGAAGACGCUUUCCCCCCAUCACCUCCAUCACCACAGCCCCCUCUGACUCCUCCAUCCUCUGUGGGGCAUCUCACAGACAGCACAUACACACAGAGACAACCUCAUCUCCUAGCUAAGAUGGAUAACUCCAAAGCAGAUCUGAGUGAUCUGCCCCUUUGCAAGGACGAGGACAUCUCUCAUGGCUCGUGGGGCGUUCUCGCCCUUCCCCUCAGCGACUCCUCACAGUUUCACAGCCUUAUUGCCUCAGACGGCCUGCUGAUGUCCACAGCCCUCUCAACGCCAAUGACCCCCGUGCCCUCAGCCCUCUGUCAGCCCAGUUCGGCCCUCUCUGCUUUGCAUCAGAGCAGCCAAACUGUCCCCGUCACUCGCUCUACACCCGCAUCCACACCCUCAUCACCAACGUCCCAAACCAAGCACCCUCCCCCCACUGUUCAAUCACUGUGGGAUCCCAGCAGACUUACAGCCGCACCACAGUACAACGGCGCACCCUAUGGACCAGGCCUGAACUGCAGGCAGAACCAAUUAUUUGCUACAGUCAGUGUUCAGGGAACAUGUUGCAGGUGAUUUUUUUUUUUUUUUUUUUAAAUGUCAGGGUCAUUGUGUUUGUCUCCUCAGUCCUCUGCAUCUUUUUCCCUCACAAAGAAAGAACAUCAAGCAAUAAAUUUCCUUGUUGGCGUAAAUUAGUUGCUUUUUUCAAAAAGCAAGCAUAGAUGGAUUUUAGCCAUUAAUAUCACUUGUAUCCUUAAACACAUAUUUAAUAUAUUUAUAGAGUAGCAGUCUGCACAACUAGUUUUAUUGAUGAGUGAAAAUGUGUGGUAACUGGUGAAAAUGUGGUUCUCGUUUAGAGGUAAUGGGCAAGUUUGUCAGUGGCAAACACAAGGAGAAAGGUGUCAUGGUUGUAUCACUAUUUUGUCCCGUGUGAUGAUUAAAAAGCUCAUUGUUUUGGCAGAUGGUGUUUGUGCUUUUAGUAGCCGUUAAACUAUGGGGUCUUGCUCUAAGUGUAAGUGCCUGCCAUAAAAGCUGUGUAACACCUUUAUAAUUAGUGUAUUGCAAAUCAACUUAAAUUACACUUUGCGUUGUCAC